UUUUCCUAGAAUCUGCUUACAAGACCCGUGCAGCAGCCUAGGGACCGUGGAGACGGGCUGAACAGAACAGUGGGGGCAGGGAGAAAGGGAGUGGCCGUGUUCCCGCGGUCCGCCGGGAUCCGGCGGGUCCGGGGUAGAGGAGCUGGGGCUGGAGUGGUUGGAGCGACUGGGCUGACCGGGUCGGUCAUCGUCCGCCACCUCGGUGCGGAAUCGGAGCCGGACUUGCUGAGCACUCCUCCCCCUCCCCUUCUGCUUCCUCUUCCCUCCCCCUGGACCAGCGGCGGCGGCGGCAAGGAAGCGAAGCCGGGCAGAGCGACUCGGCGGCGAGCGGAUGAGCUGGGAUAUGGGGAGCCAGGGCUGGCGGCGGGGCCAGGAGCCCUCCGAAGGGCCCACGAGGGGAGCGGCCCCCGGCAUUUGCUAGCGUUUGCUGGCACGUGAGGUGUGGGGGAGCGGGCGCUGGGCGGCACGAGCGGAGGCGGAGGCGCGGCCGGGGCGUGGAGCAAGGCUGGGGAAGCUGCUGCCUCCGGCCCUGCCCGGCUGCCUCCGCCGUGGCCGGUGGCUAUGGAGCUGGCGGGCACCAGACCCGGGGCGACAGUGCAUCCGCGACUCCAGCCUCCCAUGUCCUGGCUGCCGCUGUUGCAGCUUCUCCUGCUGCUGCCGAGCCCAGCGGCCUCCCAGCUGCGAUACUCGGUGCCGGAGGAGCAGGCACCCGGCGCGCCUGUGGGCAACGUGGCUCGUGCGCUGGGGUUGGAGCUGCGGCGCUUGGGGCCGGGCUGCCUGCGCAUCCACCACCUGGGUGCGCCCAGCCCGCGCUACCUGGAGCUGGACCUGACCAAUGGAGCGCUCUUCGUCAACGAGCGCAUUGACCGGGAGGCGCUGUGCGAGCAGCGGCCUCGCUGCCUGCUCAGCCUGGAAGUGCUGGCGCACAGCCCGGUGGCGGUGAGCGCCGUAGAGGUGGAGGUACUGGACAUCAACGACAACUCGCCCCGCUUCCCGCGGCCCGACUACCAGCUGCAGGUAAGCGAAUCGGUGGCCCCUGGAGCGCGCUUUCACAUAGAGAGCGCGCAGGACCCCGACGUGGGCACCAACUCGGUGCAGACCUACGAGCUCAGCCCCAAUGAGCACUUCGAGCUGGACCUGAAACCCCUGCAAGAGAACAGUAAGGUGCUGGAGCUGCUGCUGCGGAAGGGCCUAGACCGCGAGCAGGCAGUCUUGCACCACCUGGUUCUCACAGCUGUGGACGGGGGCAGCCCAGCCCGCUCCGGCACGGCGCAGAUCUCGGUGCGAGUCCUGGACACUAACGACAAUUCUCCCGCCUUCGACCAGUCCACUUACCGCGUCCACCUUCGAGAGGAUUCGCCCCCGGGCACGCUGGUGGUGAAGCUGAAUGCCUCCGACCCGGAUGAGGGCUCCAAUGGCGAGCUCACGUACUCCUUGAGCAGCUACACGUCGGACCGGGAGAGACAGCUCUUCAGCAUCGACGCCAGCACGGGGGAAGUGCGGGUCAGCGGAGCGCUGGAUUACGAGGAGGCCUCUUCCUACCAGAUCUAUGUGCAGGCAACUGACCGGGGUCCGGUGCCCAUGGUGGGUCACUGCAAGGUGCUGGUGGAUAUCGUGGACGUGAAUGAUAAUGCACCAGAGGUGGUGCUCACGGACCUGUACAGCCCGGUGCCCGAGGACGCUGCCCCCAACACUGUUGUGGCCCUUCUCAGUGUCAAUGACCAAGACUCAGGUCCCAACCGGAAGGUGAGCCUGGGCCUGGAGGCCGCACUGCCUUUCCGACUGAAUGGUUUUGGAAACUCCUACACACUGGUGGUGAGUGGACCCCUGGACCGGGAGCGGGUGGCUGCCUACAACAUCACAGUGACUGCCACUGAUGGGGGAGUGCCACAGCUCACGUCCCAGAGGACACUGCAGGUGGAGAUCUCUGACAUCAAUGACAACCCCCCCAGCUUCCCAAAGGACUCCUACUCCAUCUACAUCGAGGAGAACAAUUUGCCAGGGGUGUUGCUCUGCACUGUGCAAGCCACGGACCCAGAUGAAAAGGAGAAUGCGGAGGUGGCCUACUCCCUCCUGGAGAGGGAGGUUCAAGGGCUGCCAGUCACCUCCUAUGUCUCCAUUAACAGUGCCAGUGGUAGCCUUUAUGCUGUCAACUCCUUUGAUUAUGAGAAGUUUCGGGAGUUUUUUGUGAUUGUGGAGGCCCGAGACAAUGGGAGCCCACCACUGAGUAGCACUGUGACCGUCAAUGUGUAUGUAGUGGACGUGAACGACCACGCUCCUCACAUCCUGUACCCUACCUCAACCAAUUCAUCAGUAGCCAUUGAAAUGGUGCCUCGAACUGCCCCUGCUGGCUACCUGGUCACUAAAGUCAUAGCCAUGGACUCAGAUUCUGGGCAAAAUGCUUGGCUCUUUUACCAUCUGUCCCAGAUUUCUGACCUGGACCUCUUUAAAGUAGAGCUCCACACAGGAGAAAUUAGGACUACCAGGAAGAUGGGAGAUGAGACUGGAACCACUUUCAACCUGACCGUGGUGGUCCGAGAUAAUGGAGAGCCAUCGCUGUCAGCCUCUGUGGCCAUUACAGUAGCCGUGGUGGAUAGGGUUUCCAGAAUCCUCCCUGACACUCAGAGACAUGUGAAAAGUCCUCGGACAUACUCUGAAAUUACACUUUAUCUCAUAAUAGCACUAAGCACAGUGUCUUUUAUAUUUCUUUUGACAAUCAUUGUUUUGAGCAUCAUCAAGUGCUACCGCUACACAGCUUACGGCACCACGUGCUGUGGAGGCUUCUGUGGAGUGAGGGAGCGGUGCCCUGCAGAACUCUACAAGCAGGCCAAUAACAACAUUGAUGCCAGGAUACCUCCCGGCCUCAAAGUGCAGCCUCACUUCAUCGAAGUGCGAGGGAACGGCUCCCUCACCAAGACCUACUGCUACAAGGCCUGUCUGACAGCAGGCUCAGGGAGCGAUACCUUCAUGUUUUACAACACAGGGGCACAGACAGGACCGGGACCUGGGGGAGCCCAAGCAGCGGCAGGUGACAGCAGGCACCUCACAGGCCAAAGUGGGCAGAGUGCUGGGAACCUGAUUAUUCUCAAAAAUGAAGCUGUUUCUCAAAAUGAGCCACGACAGCCCAACCCUGACUGGCGUUACUCUGCCUCCCUGAGGGCAGGAAUGCACAGCUCUGUGCAUCUGGAGGAGGCUGGCAUUCUCCGGGCUGGUCCAGGGGGACCCGAUCAGCAGUGGCCAACAGUAUCCAGUGCGACACCAGAACCAGAGGCAGGAGAGGUGUCCCCUCCAGUCGGGGCUGGUGUCAACAGCAACAGCUGGACCUUUAAAUAUGGACCAGGCAACCCCAAACAAUCUGGUCCCGGUGAGUUGCCAGACAAAUUCAUUAUCCCAGGAUCUCCUGCAAUCAUCUCCAUCCGGCAGGAGCCUACUAACAGCCAAAUUGACAAAAGUGACUUCAUAACCUUCGGCAAAAAGGAGGAGACCAAGAAAAAGAAGAAAAAGAAGAAGGGUAACAAGACCCAGGAGAAAAAAGAGAAAGGGAACAGCACGACUGACAACAGUGACCAGUGAGGUCAUCUAAUGGAAACAAGCCACUUAGCCAAUUUUGUAAUAAUGGCAGAUCUCUCCCAUGUAGCAACUCCCUACUCCUUUCUCCUGUCCACACAGACCCUCUCUUAUAGACCUCAGAAAUCUGCAGAAAGUUCCCUGUGUCUGUCUAGGUCACAUUUAACAGGUUUUUGUCUUAAAAGCUUUGCUAAGUCUGGUGUUAACUCUUUCUCUCCACUCUGGCUUGUUUGCAGAACCUAAAAAGCAGACCCAAGUUUCCUUUCUCCUCCGCCGCAAAGGAGAGGCUUCCCAGCCCCGCCAGUGAGAGGUUGGACUCUCUGCCCUGUGCUCCGGGGAUCCUGUCUUGAUGACACUUAAAGGGCAGGCUGAAAGGUUUUGAGAUUGAGCAGCUUGAGUGUCUGUGGCUACUGGGUAUGUCUGGCCACCGGGGAUGGGCGAGUGUCAGAUGGUGGCUGGGAUGGGCCAGGUUAGACUAGGAGGGUUGGGAAACAAAGGCAAAUCAACAGUGGGAAGUAUGAAAUGAAAAAGGACCAGACUUUCUAAAUCUUUACAACUCAAGAAGUGGUGGCCACCCUCUAGCAGACAAAAUUCCCUCCACUGACAAGGCUUUAGGAAUCCCUAAGUCUCUUGGCUGUGGUGUCAUUAUACCUAAAACCUGCAUUUUUACCUACAAGCCUGUAGUUCAGUGUUCCUUGAGGGGCCAACCAGGGCAGCAGAAGCAGAUCUGAUGUGUUUCCUGUAUAUGUCCUUGUGCUCACUUUAUUAAAAAUUCUUUUGCACACAAUGUUAUGAAAAGGUCAGAUCCUUUUCCAACAACACAUAUGCAAAAGCAAAAGAAAACCCCAACACCUCACUUUAUGCUGUUUGUUGUUUGAUAGAUUUAUUUAAAAAAGAGCAAAUCUAUAACUAUAAAUCUUUAAAGAGAAAUAUGAUUAAUACAACUCCCCUAAACUAUCCUCGAAAGAGAAUUCCGUCUACAGCCAUUUAAAUGAUCAUUGCUGCUACAGAAGUGCUUUAAGAGAACUGCCUGAAACAUCUGUAUUAUACCGGCCACCUGCCAAUCACAGCUUUACUCUUUCAGGUCACUCUGGGGCUGCCUCUUGCAUGUAUUAAUUACUAAAUAAAAGGAUCUUUCUCUCUCUCUCUUUUCUAAAAAACAAUUAUGUGCACUUUGAAUACACAACCUUCUCUAGCCAACUCUAUCAAGACCCAGAAAUUGAAGAAAAAUAUUGUUUUCUCGUACAUAACAGUGAGCAGACUUUUCAAUCCUCGAAUUCUGUGAUUUGUCUUGGAGUGCUAGCCAACACCUUCUCUUUGGUUUAGUUUUCCUUUUCUAUAACACUCUGAAUUGCUAAUCUUGCUAACACCUAUGAUAUUACCUGAACUCAAUCUCCCAUAUGUAUGCUGUAUGCUAUUAUAAGACUCCUGAAAUAUAUUUACUCUGUGCUUGUGUAUGUGAAUGUUAUUGCAACUAUUACCUAGAGUGAACUUUAAGCUUUAUUGUUGAAUGUAAUUCCAUUAUAUUUCCUUUUGUACACCUGUGAAAAAGUGGAGUAGUGUUUUUUUAACCAUUGUUAAUCAACUUUUGUGUAUGAAAGACACAGUAAAAUUUCUUUCUUAAAUCAA